CAGCCCGGCCCAGGGAAGCGGCGGCGCCAGCGACUCGGCCCCGGCAGCGGUGUCUGGCGGCCGUGCCCUGCCGAGCCCGCCCGCAUCAUGUUCAACGUGGAGAGCCUGGAGCGCGCCGAGCUCGGGGAGAGUCUCCUCACCUGGAUCCAGACAUUUAAUGUUGAAGCACCAUGCCAGACUGUGGAGGAUUUAACGAAUGGGGUUGUGAUGGCCCAGGUGCUUCAAAAGAUAGAUCCAGCAUACUUUGAUGAAAACUGGUUAAACAGAAUCAAAACAGAAGUAGGAGAUAAUUGGAGACUAAAGAUAAGCAAUCUGAAGAAAAUUUUAAAAGGAAUACUGGAUUAUAAUCACGAGAUUUUAGGGCAGCAGAUUAAUGACUUUACCCUUCCUGAUGUUAACCUGAUUGGAGAGCACUCAGAUGUUGCAGAGCUUGGAAGAAUGCUUCAGCUCAUUUUGGGAUGUGCUGUGAAUUGUGAGCAGAAGCAAGAGUACAUCCAGACCAUCAUGAUGAUGGAAGAGUCUGUUCAACAUGUUGUCAUGACAGCUAUUCAGGAGUUGAUGAGUAAAGAAUCUCCAGUCUCUGUUGGAAAUGAUGCUUACGUUGACCUUGAUCGUCAGUUGAAGAAAACUACAGAAGAAUUAAAUGAAGCCUUAGCAACAAAAGAAGAAAUUGCUCAGAGGUGCCAUGAAUUAGAUAUGCAGGUUGCAGCACUUCAAGAGGAGAAAAGUAGUUUACUAGCUGAGAACCAGAUCCUGAUGGAACGUUUGAACCAAUCUGAUUCUAUAGAAGAUCCCAACAGCCCUGCAGGGCGAAGGCACCUGCAACUACAGACACAGUUAGAACAGCUCCAGGAGGAAACAUUUAGGCUAGAGGCAGCCAAAGAUGAUUAUCGAAUACGUUGUGAAGAGCUGGAAAAAGAAAUUGCAGAAUUGCGACAGCAGAAUGAAGAGCUAACCACUUUAGCAGAAGAGGCUCAGUCUUUGAAGGAUGAGAUGGAUGUACUUAGGCAUUCUUCUGAUAAAGUGGCUAAGUUAGAAAGCCAGGUAGAGUCAUACAAAAAAAAGCUGGAAGAUCUUGGUGAUCUGCGUCGGCAAGUGAAACUCUUAGAGGAGAAGAACACUAUGUAUAUGCAAAACACUGUAAGCUUGGAGGAAGAACUAAGGAAAGCCAAUGCAGCGCGUAGCCAACUGGAAACAUACAAGAGACAGGUAGUUGAACUACAAAACAGAUUAUCUGAAGAAUCGAAGAAAGCAGAUAAAUUAGAAUUUGAAUACAAAUUGCUGAAAGAAAAAGUAGACAGCCUCCAAAAAGAAAAAGAUAGGUUAAGAACGGAAAGAGAUUCCCUAAAAGAAACUAUCGAAGAGCUUCGAUGUGUACAAGCACAAGAAGGGCAGCUCACCACUUCAGGAUUGAUGCCACUGGGAAGCCAGGAGUCUUCAGACAGCCUAGCAGCAGAAAUUGUUACUCCUGAAAUCAAGGAGAAACUCAUUCGUCUUCAGCAUGAGAACAAGAUGCUGAAGCUUAACCAAGAAGGUUCCGACAACGAAAAGAUUGCCUUGUUGCAGAGCCUGCUAGAUGAUGCAAAUCUACGGAAGAAUGAACUGGAGACAGAGAACAGGCUGGUAAAUCAGAGACUUCUGGAGGUGCAGUCACAGGUUGAAGAAUUGCAGAAAUCUUUGCAGGAGCAAGGUUCAAAAACUGAAGAUUCAAUUCUUCUGAAAAAGAAGCUCGAAGAACAUCUGGAGAAGCUGCAUGAGGCUAACAAUGAAAUACAGAGGAAACGAGCUAUUAUUGAAGAUUUGGAACCAAGAUAUAACAACAGUUCACUCAAAAUUGAAGAAUUACAAGAAGCUUUACGGAAAAAAGAGGAAGAAAUGAAGCAAAUGGAGGAACGAUACAAAAAGUACUUGGAAAAGGCCAAGAGUGUUAUCCGUACUUUAGAUCCUAAACAAAACCAGGGCACAGCUCCUGAGAUUCAGGCUCUGAAAAAUCAACUGCAGGAACGGGACCGAAUGUUUCAUUCAUUAGAGAAAGAAUAUGAGAAAACAAAGACUCAAAGAGAGAUGGAGGAGAAAUUUAUUGUGAGUGCCUGGUAUAAUAUGGGAAUGACUCUGCAUAAAAAAGCAGCAGAAGAUAGACUGGCUAGUACAGGCUCUGGACAGUCCUUCCUGGCUAGACAAAGGCAAGCCACCAGCACAAGGAGAUCUUACCCUGGUCAUGUCCAACCAGCUACAGCAAGAUCCUGAUUCGGUGGUGGCAAAGGAACUGAAGAGGUGGUUGGUUCACCCUGCCUUUCAUCACCUUGGUCGGAAACACGAGGCAAGCCAGGGCGUGUGUGCAGACCAACUGACACGGCUUUCAAAAUCUCCGACUCCAGACGUGUGGUGCACCUGUGUAACCCACAGUGGAAUACAUAGAGGGACCACACAUCUCGAACCUCCAGUUACAGGUAUGUAACCUCCUCAUCCUCAGCUGCUGGAAAUCAUCAUAGCUCCUUCCUAGCCGAAACAAUGACACAUUCCAGCAGCUGAGGAUCUGCCCCUAUAUCUUGGAUUUCUCCGGUCUUAUAAGACGGUGCUGCAAAAACAAGCUGCUGUUAAAAUGGUAGAAAAAUUUCUUGCUGUUUAAAUCUUUCCUAGAAGAAGUUGUUAGCAGAUUCUUUUCUAGUAAUAAAACGUGCACUAUUCUAGCUGGAAGGGUAAUAGCAUCUCUCCCUCUCUAGGACCAUAGUGUAUUCUGUAACGUCCUUGGCCAGACUUUACCCGUUUUUUCAAAGGACUCCCACUAACACCUUGAAGAGUACAUUGUUCUCUCCAUUCUAUUAAUGUGCAUUAGCUGUGUACCUUUAUAUUUCACUUAGUCCUGUUGUACAAGUAGAUUUGCAUUAUCUCACAUUCUGAUGAGAGUAAAAAAACAGGAUUUUCCAUUUAAAGAAGUAAACUCUGAUCUCAGAUAGCUUUAACAUUUUAACUUUUUAUGGCAUUACUAAAAUUAAUUGUUCAUUUUAUUAUUUCCAAUCAUCCACACCCCAGUGUGCAGGCUCAUUUAGCAGUGCUUGAGUGGAUAACAAUGCACCUCAUCUAAGGGAUGUGUUAUUCAAAACACACUUUAUCAAUAUUCUGCUUUGAAUGCAUUCUUUAAUGCAUUCCUGAUUUUCUUUCACUUAAUUUGUUAGUCUGUUCUCUGUUGUGUGCACUUUCCGACUUUCCUAAAUAAAAAGUAUUCUGGUUAGGAGGAAACAGGUGAGAAGGGAGGCGCACAGGAAGGUCAUUUUGUUACAGAAAUUUGAAAGAGUACAGGCAAGUCUCGUCUUACGCGCAUUUAACAUGUGCGAAUUCAGCUUUGCACGGUCGGCAAAAACAAAACAAAAAAGAAAAAUAACAAUUUCAAUACUGUACCUGUAGUGCGGGCGAUUCCGCCUGCGAUUACACUAAAUGUAAUUUUGACUAUACACGAUUUUCACUUUACGUGCUGACUACAGAACGUAACCCCAGUGUAAGAUGAGACUCGCCUGUAUACUUGUAUUAUGUGCAGCAAACUUGAGUUACUGUAUUCUUUUGGCUUCAGUAGAAUUAAAUCAUCAGCUACAGGACUUGUGCUGUAGUUAUAACUUUUGAAAGAAAUGUCUUAACUUUUAGUCAUAAAGAUAUUUUCUCCAAUAAAUUCAAUCCAGAUUUUCGUGCCACAAGGAGCAUUAUUAGAAUCAGGUACUUAUCAGGGAAAUUCUUAGAGGAAAAAACCAAAUUCACAGAGCAUGUCUUCUAUCAGAGGACAGCAUUUGCUGUUUACAUUGUGCUGGAAUUAUUGAAAAUCAGAAUGAGCGGACACUAGAAACAAGUCUCUCUCCUAUUCUGUAUAUUUCUGCAGUAAUAUCUAAAAUUUGCUUUUGAUCAAAAACUUAUUUUACAUCAAAAUGACUAAAGCUUGUUAAUGUAAGAAUGUGACACGGGAUGUGCAUCAAACAAAGGCUUGCUUUGGUGCAGCUAAUCAAAACUAAUGCUUAAUCAGAAUGCUUUUAUCUUGUAACACUAUGUGGAAUUUCUCUCAGACGAGAAUGGAAAUUAUAACUCCAUUGCCUUUUUCAAUGGUUAAAACUCAUGAUGUGAGACAGACACCUUUUUACAUCUGGAAAUGUUUUUUUUUUUCACUGAUCGUGCUCACAGGCAGCAAAAAUGAGUGAAACUUGUGGAGGCCAAUUUCAUAACUAUUCCUUGAGCUUCGUAUGUGUCUGACAAGGCAUUCUGCACUAAGGUGUUGGGUAUGGCCACUUGGGUGCAGAUCCCCAAAGGUAUUUAGGUGCUCAGCUUCUAUUGAUUUGAAUUAGGUACCUAAAUACCUUUGAGGAUCUGGGCCUUGGUCUGUUACUAGGAGUUGUACAAGACUCCAUUUUAGGAUGUCUAAACCAGUGGUACCAAUUUCAGGUAUUUUUGGAGGGGGGCAAGGGUGCAAUUCCAGUUUCCCCCACCUCCUCCUCCAGCAGAAACCCCGUUCCUGUCACUCCUAGUAUCUUCACCCCACCCCACCCGAGGUCUUCCUCGGCUCCAGAGUAUCCCCUCUCUCUCUUACCCACACCGUGCAUGAGCCUGUGCUGCCAGGACUCGCUUUCUCAACAGACUCCCCUGAGCUCCGCCGCAAAGGAACUCCCACCCCAUGUGCCAAGGCACAGCACCAUUUGGCCCAGUCACCUAUCUGUGUGGAGUGGCAGCCUGAUCAAAUUUCAGCGCCGUUGUCACCAUGCAGCUGGAGCAAUGCUCUGGACCACUCCGGCAGCAGCCGUACUGUUCUAGUGUAGGACCACUGCUUAAAAGUGGCCAGGCCACAGCCAUCCCCAGCUCCAUGGCCUGUGGGGCUUUGACCAAAUGCAAAAAGCUUGAGGGAGGUUGGGGACAAAUGACCCUCCUCCCAGUCCCCCCAACCCUCCCCCACCCCAGGUGGCAGCGCUGAUCUAAACCAAGACUAGCUUUUGUUCCUCCGUUCAGCUGUUAGCACAUUAAUCAUAUUGUGAAUGCUUUUAGUCACCUUAAUAAAAUAGCAGUUGAAGCCCCCUUGACCUAGCUGAGCUAUAACUUGACACAGCUUUACUAAACUGCUUAGAAAACACGUGUUUUGUUUUCAUUUUUAACAGUAAUGAAAUGUUGGCUGCUUUUUAACUUUCUUCUUUAUUUUUUUAUUUGCAGUGAUGUGGUUGCAUGACCUGCAGCAUUAUUUAUCAAACAGGGACUGUUCAGUGCAUGACUUGCUUUCUGUCCAGACUGCAUAACCCAAAACUUAACCAGUUCUACCACUUAAGACUCAUGGCAUCUGAUUUCAAAGAGAGAGAUCCACUUGCAAAGAAGCUUGCCAUCUUGGGGAGUGGCUUUACCAUCUCCCUCUUCCACCUCCCCUCCAGAAUAAAGUCUCCCCAGGAGACUGGGGCCAGGGAAAAACCAGUAUUCAGAAUUCCUGAGAGGGUAUUUGGUAAAUUGACACAGUUCCCUUUCAGCACUCCGUUUUUUCUGUCUAUCCACUUUGACUACUUCAUUCUGAUUAUUAACACACAACUUUCUGCUCCAUUUCCAUUUGCUAAGCUAGACAACAGCUAGUCUUAAUGAGGUCAUAAAUGUAUCUUUCUGAUCAUUCAUCUGUUAAAGCUCUUGCACAUUUGAAGGCUCUGCUCUAAUCAGGUUUUAAUAUUUAAAGUAAAGCCAAGAAAGUUUUCUUGCAGGAAAAAACUAUUACGAAUUGUUGUUUGACCCUCCCAUGUUCCUUAAAAAAUAAGCAAGGUAUAUCUGCUAAGCUCCAAGCCUGGACAAACUAUCAUGCAAUAUUUUAUUUACAAACAUUGCAUACUUUCUUAAUAUGUAUAUACACAGUAGUGUGUGACUGUUACAUUUUUCUCUGUCCAUUUAGCUGUGUCAUCAGUUUCUUUCAGUAACAUUUUUUUCUAUCUGUGUACAAAAGUUAAACAAUUCUAGAAAGGAACAUGAAUGGAGAUAACUAGUAUAAAAUCAGUCUACACUUGCUGACUUACAGUAUUAUGCAAAAUGUCCUUGCCAGCUUAUUUGGGUUGUUUAUAUUUUACUUGUUCUAUUUGAGUUGUCUUUUUCUUAUCCCCGUUUCAGUUGUUUCAUUUCUAUUUGCACUAGCAUGCCUGUUUCUUUGUAUUAUGAAGUAUUGCUAUAAGAUUUGCAGUAUGUAGACGGUAUAACUCAAAAUGCUUUGUUCUGCCUAUAUUGACUAAUUUUAAAAGCUGCUUAUUUAAAAUUUUAAAUUCUUAAAUAUCCACACGUUUGUAUUACUGUAUUUUCAUUUUGUACUUGGACAGACAGCACUGGCAAGAUACAAGACAUGAGGAAAUGCUGUUUUGUAGUAUUCUAAGUUCAUGUGUUUAUUGUGUAGAUACUGUCGUUUUAACAUCUGGGACAAAGGUGAGACCUUGUAAGCCAUAGUAUUUGCUAAAAAGCCUCAAGAGAAUCUGGAAUCAUUAGUACUGUACAUUGUUCCGUUUGAUUAGAAGUCCAGUUCUUGAGCAACCCCACGCUUCCUACCUAGAUCUCAACCCUACAGAAACUUAGACAUAUCCUUAACUUUACUCAUGAGCAAAUUUAAGCUUCAGAGCCUUAGGGGUAAAUUGACCCUGUCUUUGUGCCUGCAAAGCACUUAGGAGGCUGGGUAGGGGCAGCACAUCCCUUGCUUGCUACAGAGGGCUGCUCUGUGCACCCUCCUUUCACAUCAGUACACAGGGAUAGGUGGGGCAGGGCUGGAGGAGUUUUAGGCGCCCCUAGUCUCUGCAGCCUCUUCGGAACCUGUAAGGAGCAUUCUGUUCAGGACCAGGUCCAACUAGCUAGGGCCUGGGCUCUCACCUUGCCCCUAAUUGUCAUGUGUAAGUCCCAGGCAACCCUCCUGGUCAAAUACACCCCGGGUUUGAUCACCCUGGAGGGAAACUGCACCAGAUCUGGAGGCGGUGAUGUGAGGAGUGAUGCAGGGGAACAUGUAGCUCACUGUCCCUCUCUCUGCCCUACAGCAAUCACUGGCUCUUCUUUGGGGGCCAAAGGGAGAUUAGGACUGGGGUCUCUGCAGGAGGUAGGGGAGAAAAUAAGGACUGGGAUGGAACUGUGUUCCUUAUUCUCUCUGCUGGAGGGCAGAGGAGGAUGACUCAUCCCUCCACAUUCCCUCUCUUGAGGGCCAUGCAGGAGGUUCUUCAGUCUUAUGGGAUCCAAGUACUCUGCCAGGAAGGGCCCUCAUCACUGCCAUCGGGGAGCUGGGGGCUCAUCUCUACAACCUCCCAGCCUGCUGGGGCAAUGCAGUUACAGAUUUCACCACCCGGGGAAGCUCAGGAUGUAGGUGGAAUCAGAAGUGUCACUAAUCUGUCCCACACAGAGGCCUUAGGAUCUGAUCGGGGUGGGCCAGGCAAUACUUGAACAAUGCACAGCAAAGAGCCCCCUGGGCCUGGUAUGUGACAUUUCAGCAUUAAUAACCGUAGAUCCCGUGCUAGGAGGUACUGUAUAAACAUGCCUUCUCUCCUUGUUGGGAACUGGAUGAGUGGCUUUGAGCUGCGUUUUCCAACUCUGUAGUGCAGCUGGUGAUGUCUUCCCCAACCGCUGCUGGAUAUCGAUGUCUCCAGAGUUGGUAGUUUUGGGCUGGCAAUGCCAUUUGACUGUUGAGGGGUUAGACAGAGACUUCUGGAGUAGUGGGUCUGGGUGUGUUGGAGCUGUUCUCCCCGCCACCAGGCUGGCUGUGUAGAUUAGUAGUUUACUAUUCAAGCUGUUCUGAAGCCAAGGCAUUUGUAUCUUCCUGAAAAGUUUUUAGCUUGACAUAACUGUUUGAGUCUACUCAGUGCAGUAGAGAAAUGUCAGAUUGAGCUAGUAACCUCAAGUAAAUGUGCUGUCUUUCUUUUAAUUAAGUUAUCCUAGCAUCUCUCCCCCAGAGGGUGAUCCCAAGCAUGUUUCUAAUGUGUGCGUAAGAGACUGUUUUUUAUUUUCUCAGUGGCAGCUUGUUUGACUGUCCUAAUUUGUGUUGACCAGUUAUCAAAAUAACUGUUUGUGAAAUUGUCAAUAAUAUAUUUUCUAUCAGAGAAUGGAUUUCUAGAGUGUCAACGCAUUAAUUUCCCUUUUCAGUUCACCUAUGGAUUCUUAUCCUGUAACUACCAGAUUGUCAUGGUAGUGGCAUUAAUAUACAUAUCUGUAAAAAGACAAAAAUACAAGAUAAUGGUCAGAAGAAUGCAAACAUUUUAAUAAUGUUUUUCCCAGUCAGAUACAAUAAUGCUUCCAAGGCUACAAAAAAGUGUACAGUUGUUAAACAAGUUGUAAAUAAAGGCUUAUAUAAAAUGGAA